AUGAUCGUUUCGAAUAUUGCUAGUAAAGUAGCAAAAAUCACAUUUCGCCGACCCUCACAAUUUCCGGAGGCACAUGCUCAACUUAUGGAAAACGGUGAUCUUCGAAUAAAAUUCCCACGGUCUGUGAUUGUUCGGAAAAAGGACAACGGAGAAGUGUAUAACUGUAUUGAUGGGCAGUCAAAAAAUAGAGAAGUCGUCUCCGGAUCGAAAUUGAUAAAAGUGAAUGAAGUGUAUAGUUAUUUGACACAGUUUGAGAAAUGUCUUCAUGGUAUGGACAACCGAAUGAUUUGCUUUCCGAUUGUGUUCAGUGCAGGACCAGAAGUGGCUGGGGCUUCUAAUAAUUCACCAUCUUCGAUGCUGCCAUCUACUUCACAAGUUUCAAGGUUUCCAUUCAGUAAUAUUUCGAGCAAUCAACAAUCACUGGUUCCGCAUUCGGCUCCUUUUCUAACGAAACCAAUAUCAUCAAGAACUUCUUCGACAUUCAAUACUCAACGAAGAGUGUCUACAGAUGAGAACAGAGCACCAGUAGCAAUUCAAUCGAAUAAUAAGUAUAAGUUUAAAAUAGAUCCCGCGACUUCCAAAAUUACUUCAAUGCAAGCACCAGAUGGUCGUGUACUUCGUUGUUCCACCAGUACGGCAGAUCAAUUUAUAUUCACUGAUCCCUCAAUCCGCUCUGAUAGUCAACGAUUCAAUCGAAUUGGGCGGGUGCCUGAACGAGCUACAGAAAUGUUUAAUACACUAUUGGACCGUAUUAAUACACAAAGAUAA